UCGGUGUUCAACGUUCACUGUUCAGUGUUCAGUUCAACGGCAGACUCCCGCGCGUACGGUUCGGCGAAAAUAAGAAGCAAACCCGACACGGUUCCGCCGGAUAAUAUUCGGUUCUUGGGUGUCCCUCCGAUUCGCGUGUCCAGUUCGAAAAAAAUGCUAGAAAAUCGAGUUGUACGUCGGUGGGAAAACACCGCCGGCAUUCGAUCCACAUUGUAAUUGAAUUCGACUCCGUGGAUUGAGAAACACAAUUGAAUUUUGUAGAAAAGACUAUUUCUUUCAUUUUCUAUUUUGUAGAAAAGACUAUUUCAGAAAACCACAUCGAAAAGCAAAAACGAUAAACUAGUCGUUAAAUUGAAUAUACAAAUUGGUGUUUUGAUUAAAACUAAUAAACAUAAACACAGUGCCACCGAACAAAGCCACCAGAGCCGAAGCAAAACCAAAAUUUAUUUUUAAAUACAAUUAUCUUGUUUUUCGGUGGCGUGCAGUUUUCCAAAUAUUGCUCAUACGCCUAGUUGGAGCGGUGAAAAAAUUCAAUUGGAAUAUCACACAGUUCCUGGUCGAGGAGUUGGCAAAUGGAAACCAAAUAGGGCUAACUCAAAAGGGAUACGCAACAUUAACUUGGAAAUCCCUCUGGCAGGACACGAAAUAGGAUGAAUUUUGGACUGCCACAAUCCCCAGCAACGAUGGAAAAUCACAGCGACUUCGAGGCGGACGACUACUCGGACCUUGGAUGGGCCAAUUGGAGUACUCCAGCAUCCAUCCUCUACACGGCCAUGAGCAGUGUCCUUUCGGUGAACAACCACACACCCCCGACCGACUCGCCGCUCUUGGACUUUGGCCAGGCCAGUACCAGUGCCAGCGUCUUCAAUCACAGCCAAACCCUUUCCACAGAGCUGCCCCACGUGGCGGAUAAAGAUGCGGCGGGGGCCAUGGAGACGGCCGGCUCGUUUGCAUUCGUGCUUCCGUGGUGGCGUCAGGUGCUUUGGAGCAUUCUCUUCGGCGGCAUGGUUAUAGUGGCCACCGGCGGUAACCUAAUUGUCGUCUGGAUUGUGAUGACAACGAAGCGGAUGCGAACUGUAACCAACUAUUUCAUAGUGAAUCUCUCAAUUGCCGACGCCAUGGUCUCGAGCCUAAAUGUUACAUUCAACUACUACUACAUGCUGGACGGAGACUGGCCCUUCGGGGAGUUCUACUGCAAAGUAUCCCAGUUCAUAGCCAUGCUAAGCAUCUGCGCCUCGGUCUUCACUUUGAUGGCCAUCUCCAUUGACAGGUACGUGGCCAUCAUACGACCUUUGCAGCCGCGGAUGAGCAAGCGCUGCAAUUUGGCCAUUGCCGCCGUCAUUUGGCUGGCCUCCACCUUGAUAUCCUGCCCCAUGAUGCUCUUCUACCGCACGGAGGAAGUGCCCACGGAGGGGAACACUUCCCGCACGGUCUGCUACCCUGAGUGGCCCGAUGGUCAGACGAAUCACUCGACUCAGGAAUCCAUCUACAACAUACUCAUCUUGAUACUCACUUACAUCCUGCCAAUUGUGUCCAUGACGGUCACAUACUCCCGUGUGGGAAUAGAGCUCUGGGGAUCCAAGACCAUCGGGGAGUGCACACCCCGGCAAGUUGAGAAUGUCCGGAGCAAGCGACGGGUGGUGAAGAUGAUGAUAGUGGUCGUCCUUAUAUUCGCCAUCUGCUGGCUGCCCUUUCACAGCUACUUCAUCGUCACAUCCUGCUACCCGGCCAUCACGGAGGCCCCUUUCAUCCAGGAGCUCUACUUGGCCAUCUAUUGGCUGGCAAUGAGCAAUUCCAUGUACAAUCCCAUUAUAUACUGCUGGAUGAACUCACGAUUUCGCUAUGGCUUCAAGAUGGUCUUCCGCUGGUGUCUGUUCGUUCGUGUUGGCACAGAACCCUUCAGUCGGCGCGAGAACCUCACGUCCCGGUACUCCUGCUCCGGUUCACCGGAUCACAACCGCAUCAAGCGCAAUGAUACCCAGAAAUCUAUACUUUAUACCUGUCCCAGCUCACCGAAGUCCCAUCGAAUCUCGCACUGCGGAAUACCGCGUAAUGCGACCCUUAUACGUGGUUCCCACCAGCCGGAUCUUCUGCAAUCGGAUGGCAGUGGCGGUGGGAGAGCUGGUGGUGGUGGCGCUGGUAGCGGUCACAGGAAACGUAUGCCGUACCAUCAGGAGAUGCAACAACGGUGGACUGGCCAGAGCAGUGGGGGUACUGGCAGUAAUGGCAGCAGUCAUUCCAACACCACGCAACUACUCUCCUGACAGCCGGCCGUCCAGGUUAUACCCCCGGAGAGUGUGGAGCUGCAAACCCAGAUUGUGUGCUCAUCUCCGUUUAACAGAAACUAUCGUCGCUCGAAUCCUGGGAUAGCCGGGUCCAUAUCUGAAAGGGAUGCCGCUGAUGACAAAACCUGGCUCUAAGCUCUACUUUAAGGUCUCGAAUUUAUACUUGAUUGAAAUCUAAAAACCAAAAUCCCUAUUCUCUAGUCUUAAUUUCAAUUUAUUCUCAAAGAAACAAAGGCUAAGUUAGAAAUACCAACCAUAAAAAACAUAUUACUCUUUAUUUACUUAUUGAUUUUCUCAUCCAUAGAAACAUAUCAAAUAUUGCAGGUUUCUAUAGAUUUUCCUAAAUCUCGUCUUUUUUCAGGCUUCGAUAAAAGUUACAGCUUCCAUCAAUUUGAUAUAUCUAAAAUAAGGAAUGUUCGUUAGAAUCAAUAAGAAUGUUGUUGUAAAGCCCGUUUUUUAAAUAUUUGUUUCGACGCCAUCACAACCACAACUGCAUUUGUACAUAUUAUAUUCGGAUGGGUUCCUAUGUUUAUAAUAUAAAGUUUUUAAUUUACUCAACGCUUACGGCUGCUUGCUUAAGUUGCAAAACAAAAACAAAUGACUUUGAAUGUGCUGUAUGUAUUUGUAUUAUAUGUACUCGUACGUGUAAAUAUAAAUGUCUGAAUAUAAACCUUAUUGCGAAUAAAGCGUCUUGCUCCA